CUCCGAAAAAAGGUGCGCCACGGUAACAAACAAAAAUUGAAGUUCAGAAAAAUCACGUUCCGAUCCACGCUAGUUUGCUGUUUGUACGAUAGGAUAUCCCACUGCGAUGGUCGCAUUCUCUGGUGAUUUGCGUUCAAAGUUGAAUCGUCUUAGACUCAGAUGACAAGAAAACCCACAGCAAACAAAGCUGGCGGCGGCAUGAGCAUCAACAACAACGGUGUCCGUGUCGCCCACAUUGGUAAUUCGAUUCAGUAUUAUAAUGACUGUCCCCGACUGCUGGAACGCAUGUUGCGUGCUUCUCUAAUCGACCGAAAAAACUUUCUCGACGAAAGCGUCACCAGUAUCUCAGAUCUGGCGAAGACUUUGAAAAUAUACCAAGAUUCUUGUCUUAGAGGCGGUGCAACCCUGCCUUCACUGUGGUUGGAUGGAAACGGAAUGCAAAAAAAAUUUUCGUCGCGCCCCAAAUCGAAACUUCCUGGGGAGGACUAUUACGACAUUGGCGCACCAACUGUUCGGGAUCUCCUUCUUGACAACAACGCAAAGAGUAACAAAGAUCCCAGGCAGCGAGACAGUGACGGCAUUAGAUACUGGGAUUUUGUUGUCGUGAACGAUCACACUCAAUCGCCUGUCCGAAACGAGAGCAAACAACAAUCAAUGGUCGCCCUCGAAAAUUUGUACUUGCCAACGAUUCUCAAUGGAAUGAACAAGUCGGUAGCAACCCCAUCAUCAGAACCUACUAAAACUACCUUAGUUUUUGUGCAAACAGCUGCCUACAAAAGUCAUGUGAAGAAUUCCUCUGACUUGGGUUCAUUUGAUGACUUUACUGAACUAUUGRUUCAGGGUUACGAUGAGUACGUGGAAUUAGUGAACAAAUUCUGUGAAGAUCACCAASAGCCGCAAAAACAACAAAGUUUACUGAAGGCUACUGUUGCACCUUUAGGCGAGGCAUAUCGAAAGAUUCGUCAAGAAAACUUUGAAAUGUGGUCAAAUUUGCUUUAUGCGAACGAUGACUUUCAUCCUAGCCCCCACGGUACCUUGCUAGAAGCAUGUUUGUUGUACUGCAUUAUCUCYGGGGGAACGAAAUUCGAACUCUUCGACGACGACAAUGGUGGCAAUGAUAACCAUGGAUCUGGCUUUUUGAUGACGUACUUGUGGGAUACAGCAAGGUAUAUGCAACCUCAAACGUACCCUGACGGUCAACCCCWAGCCCCACUUCCUCUCCCAACAARAGAAGAAGCAAAUUACUUGAACGAUGUUGCGUAUUGUAUCUAUCUAAAGCAGCAACAGAAAGAGCGAGAUCACGAACGAGGCCRAGGAAAGUCACGAUCACUUCCAACCCCUAGCUUGUGCACCUGACAUUUUGAAGGAAAACAUGCUUGUUUCUGCCAACUAGGUGCCGAACCUGACYAGACGCCGAUGUCUACUUCGGAAUGUGCGGCCUUCUACAAAUUUCUGUGUGUAGAUAGACUCAACUCUUUACCAGAAAGUGUUUGUGUAUGAUCUGACUAAUUGUGGAGAAAAGUGUGUUGACRUCCGAUGUACUCAACCACUUCAGAGGAAUCUUUGUGAACAGAUUUACAUUAGAAGUAGUGAUUCAACAAAUAUGAAAAGAUGAUAUAUGCACCUUGUAGUUUAAGAAAUGAUAUCAAUUUAU